AAUGUAAUGUCCGAGGCCACGCCACCAUUUUUCUAACACAAGACUUUCUCUCUCUCUCUAGCUUUCUUUGCUCCUCAACUCCAUUCCAUUCACUCUCUCCCACAACUCUCUCUACUUGGAUCCAUUCAGUUGAGCGGUGUCAUCUUCCUUGAUAAAGAACAGACGCAAUGAGUAGUUCUCUAUCAAUUGGAUAAAAAUAUUAUCUAAAACAAAAUGGGAGGCUGCUGCUGUUGCUUUUCUUCUAAAGGAGCCGAACUCAACAGUUCACCGCGCUUCUAUCACUAUCCAAUAGCAUCAGAGGAACGCCAACCUUUAUCAUCGAGCAAUGGUGCAGCUUCAACAGGGCUUCUAGUCGAUACAAAUCUCGAAACGUCAAUACCCGACACUUAUAGACCGCCACCUGCACCUAUACCCUACGACGUCAGUGUGGGCCCGCCUCGGAGUCCACUCAACAACAAUCAUCGAGAAACUUCUGGUGCUAAGCAAGAACCACCUCUGCAGACAAAUGACGAGUCUGUUGUUGGAGAAAUAACUAAUAGUAACAGUGCGGAAACUGUCACUAAAGAAGCCAAAGGAUCUGAUUGCAAAGAGAUUACCAACAUCGAACUUGUUGCGACAAAAGAAACGGAAGAUGAGAUUGAGAAGUCUGAUGAUGAAUUAAAGAAGCCUACUGGACCGAUUUUACCCCCCGAAGAGUGUCCCACAUGUCUUGAAGAAUAUGAUGAAGAAAACCCAAAAAUAAUCACGAAAUGCGAACAUCAUUUUCACUUAUCGUGCAUUCUUGAAUGGAUGGAAAGAAGUGACACGUGCCCUGUGUGUGAUCAGGAAAUGAUAAUCGAGUUCCCCGUCAAUGAAUAGCACUGUCGUCAAGGUAAAGAAUGCAUAUGCGCGCGUGUAUCGGGUUUGUCAGUAGCAACCACACUUUCGGUUUUCAUUUUUUUUCCUCCUUUUCUUUUCUGCCUUCAUGUCCUCUUUGCUUUGGUAAUCCCAUUGGAAAAACAAAUAAAACUAAAUAUCAAGAAGAACAACAACGGUACGAACCAUGUAACUCAAGUUACUUCUCGAAAAGGAAGGGGCAGUUUCGUACUUUCAUGUUUAUCUGCCCUCUAUUGGAGAUUUGUUUGAGCGUUGAUCCAAUCAACAACAAAAAAAUGUUAGAAGAUGAAUUAUUUUUGUACAGGAGUCUGUCUUGUCUUCAUUUCAUGUUGGUUUUUUUUUUUUUUAUACUUGUUUGUAGAAAAAGAAGUUUGAUGUGCAGGAUUUGAUUUUGCAAAGUGGUUUUUAUUUUAUACA